GUUAAACUUUUUGUGUUAAUCAACUUGUAACGCUACAAAACUUGUUAUAAAGCCAACUUACAUACACACACACACUUAUUUUCCAUUGCACGCAAAAUGGUUUUGCAGGAGGAAUUCGAGGAGCAUGCUGAGAAGGCUAAGACCUUGCCAGAGAGUACCACGAACGAGAACAAGCUUAUACUGUAUGGAUUGUAUAAGCAAGCCACAGUGGGAACAGUGAAUACUAGCCGUCCUGGUAUUUUCAACAUGAGGGACAGAGCAAAGUGGGAUGCAUGGAAGGCUGUUGAAGGAAAAUCCAAGGAUGAAGCUAUGAGUGAUUAUAUUACCAAGGUAAAGCAGCUGCUGGAGGAAGCUACUUGAUCUCAUUUAAUCUGUUUCUGGACAUGCAAACAAUAACAUAAAUAAUGAAUCAUUUAUAGGAGGUUCUGCUACCUGUAUUUCAUGUCAAACCUUUCUGAUUGAAUACAUUUUACUACUACUA